UUACAGCUGGCGGAGGAGCUGCACUGAACUGAGGAGCCCCGCGUCUCUACCGUCCUCCUGAAAUGCGCUCAAACUGCGCAACGAGUCGCAUCUCCAGCUGCGGCCUCCGCAAACACAGAAACAGCGCUUGUGUUUCUCAGCCCCUCCAGACGUAGCACCUUCAGGGGGGAGCGGAGUGAAGGAAACCCAGACACUUUGGACUGAGUCAGCCGCGGAACGCUCAUCGCUCCUCGGUCUCUAGGAGAGCGCUCCACCUCUCCAAGCCUUUGCAUACCGCUAAUCUGGACCAAACACCCAUAUGGUCGCAGUCAUUGGUUGCUGUUUCAUUUAAAACUUGGACAAACAUUUGUCUCCACCAAGCUGUGAUUUCAAGGCACCUUGCCAUCCCUCUGGCCCAACUUCAGACAACACAAAGAGCUGGUUCCUGUCCGAUGUCCUCAGCCCAUACAGUGUGAUGUGUCAUGGCUCCGUUGCUGAGUGGUGUGCGGUGGCUGUCGGAGGCGGGAGCGGUCGGGUUUGGGACGGCAGCAGCCAGCGGCACGGCAUCAUGGCCGCAGAGUGAGCAGCUGGUGUGGGUCGUGGCCCUCAGCAUCGUCACUGGCGUGCUGCUGCUCUCUGUGCUGCUGGGGCUGUGUGCCAGCUGCCGGGGGCAGAAGAAAGCAAAAGAUGGACAGCCUACAGGAGACCAAGAAAACCUUGUUAAUGGAGUGUCAGAGAGGGAGAUGAUCAGCCAAUCAGCAGACAGUCCAGUGACUGACGCGGCAGUCAGCAGCUCUCACAACGGUCCUCUAACCAGCGGUACAAUCCUCUCAGACACGCAGGACACCAGCCCUCAGUUGUCAGAGGAUCUCCUCUCCAGCCAAUCAGAGCUCAGGUCCUCUAAAUGUCCUCAGGACAGAGAGCUUCCCAGUCUCCCUCCUGGCAGUGGCCCUACGGAGGACAGACCCCCCGCCUCAGGAGACAGCACCUAUGAGGUGGUGAAGGAGAUUGAGGUGGCGUCUCGAGACGUCAGCGUUGAGGACUCUCUGUAUGAGACAGUCAAGGAGAUGAAAGACGUCUCCCUGCAAUCCUCCCUCGCCAACGGUGGCAUCCAGCCGAGCCCCAAUGAACCUCCACCUCAGGCCCCUGCCCUUGUCAACGGCCACCCCAGCCCCUGCACCCCAGAGCGAGGCCCGCUGUGCGAGGGGGUGGAGUACGCCUCCGUGGACCUGCGAAAGAAGAGCCGUCACAGCGCUGACAUGGAGGCCAAAAGGUGCUCCGAUAAUGCUGCCGCUGUCUCACAAAAGCCUGCAGACGAGCCAGAAGAAGAGUCGCCACCGCCAGUACCAAUGAAGGUCCUGGAUGAAAACGACAAUCAGCCACUGGUGUUGAAUGGUGGGGAGGGGGCUGGGCUGCACAACGGAGAGUUAGAAUCCCCUGUGUCUCCUCCGCCGGAGUUUGGAGAUCAUCCACAGUCCGAUAACGCUUCCCAGCUAUACUCUACUGUUAACAAGCCAAACUGCGACCAGGCCAUUAACGAGGAAGACAAAGAGCACGACUACAGCAGCAUCGCCGAGCUCAAAGGUCUGGUCCCGGCCUCGUCCUCAAGCGACCUCUACGCCACCGUCCACGACCUAUACGCUCAACCUGACGACCCCCAAACAGGCGAAAUGCCUCAUAAUGACAGCUCAGAUCCCGGCUACGAAUCUAUCCGCAUCCCAAAAACUGGCAGCUCGGACGAUGAUCACGUAGGCGGGAACGCCAAGCCAGAACCUGACUACGAAAGUGUUGGAGAGCUGGGUCUGGAUCGGGAAAUGUCUCGCCUUUGAGUCGACUGCUUGAGGUUGCAUCUUUAUAGUAGCACUUUGAAGCAGCUUUUUAGGAUGCCUUUGAUGCAAACUGCUUCCAUCAUAAGUGUACAUCUUCUUUACUGCUUCGGUACAGUUGAUCAUAUUUGUCUAUCAGAGUGAAAGCGGUACUGCAAGGCCUUAAGAACUCUGGAUUAUUAAAUUAUCCAAUCUCAACAUAUUCUCUACACAUGAUCAGAAGAGAUGAAAAGAUAUCAAUCUAGUGCCAUAUAACUUGCGUAUAAAUCAGUCACUAACUGUAUUAUCUGUAUGUCCUCUCUGCAGCAUUUAGUCUGUCAAACUUUGAGUCAUAUUUUGUUUAAGCGCCGAAAUGUGUCCUAGGUCUGCCUUUGUCAGGUUAGGAGCACCUUCACUGUGCAUUCUCACUAGCUGUUCCUGUGAAGUAGUUUCUGAUAGGAAAAGAAAAGAGGCAUUUGACGACCAAACGGCGAUGAUAUUUGGUCGCAUACUCCAUCAGUGACAGCUCCCUGCUUUUCUGGGCUUGAUGUCUGAAAGAUUGAAAAACCGUCACUGAGAAGGAAAAACAGGGUGAUUUUUCACUCGAGCUUAGGGUUUCAUUGUACAUCUGGACUUUCCUUAAACGGAUAGGGUUUUUGUACAAAUCAUAUUUAUUUGAAAAUGUUUAUUAAUGUAAUUGUGUAAUCGUGAAAUGUUUCUGAUUGUGUCUGUGAGAGGAUUUUUAUUGAAGUUUCUGGCAUUUUAAUUGAAAUUUGCUGAAAGCGCAAAGCGGGUUUGAAGCGUUUUAGGUACGUGUUCCUUUACUUUAAAUGUAAGGAUGUCAGUUUUCACAAACAUUGAAGUACUUAUGUGUUUGAAUGACACUGCAUACCUUAUUGUAUUGUUUAUUAGCAACUUUUAAUCUUCUCGGUACAGUCUUCACUUUGCUUCAAAGCACUUGAAUUAGAUUAAUGGUACUGCAGACUUUAUCACCUCAUAGCAACCUUCCACAUUUAUUAGCAUCUCUGUUAAAGAUGUGCUCAAAGUCUUAAAAAUGCAUUCACUUUUAUUUCACAAUCUCACUUGAAGUAUUUGCAAAAGAGCUUUAGUUAAUCUAUUUUUCCAUUAUAGUUUGCAACAUAAAUAGAAUUCCUUUUAGUCUUGAAAAGCAUUGAAAUUUAUCAAUUUUUCUUACUGAGUAUAAUCCAACAAAGCUUUUUAUUUCUAAAAUGAACAUAUUCAAUAACCUACAAGAUAAAGAAAAUGCCGCAUACUUUAUUUAUUGUCAUCCAGUAAAUAAAAAAAAAGCUAAUUAAUCUUAUGUUGGUAUUAAGACCCUCUUAGACUAAUAAUUUUAUAUAUUUUUAGUUGCUUAGAUGCCAUGGAACCACAGAUCCAGCUUAAUCACCAGACAUUUGGUUCAGUUUUGAUAGAAAGCUUAGAGGUUUAGCGAUAUCAAAGUAUCCACCUUGAUCAAAGGAUAAUUAACUGCAGAUUUACAAGCAGUUAUUUGAAGAGAUUUUAUAAAAAGGAGAGCUGAUCCAAAUUGGUCCAUGUGCCAAAAUGUGGUAAAAUAUCCCUUUACAACACCACAUAA